AGCGGCGGCCGCGAUGGCGGAGGAGCGGCGGGAGGAGGCCCGGCCCGGGGCCUUCAAGCGUCCGGGGGAGCCGCCGGCCGGCGCCGCCCGCGGGAGGCCCCCGGGCCCGCAGGACCAGGAGGAGCAGCAGGGCGGGGGCAACGAGACGGAGGAGGAGGAGGAGGAGGAGGCGGAGGAGGAGGAGGCGUGGUGGUCCGGGCCGGCGAGCGCCCCCUACCGCCUGGAGGCGGUGAAGGGAGGGCGGCUGGUGGGGUGCGUGGGGCUGCAGGGCCGCGCCCGCUGCCUGGUGGGCCGCCUGCCCCGCUGCCACCUCCCGCUGCGCCACCCGUCCGUGUCCCGAAGGCACGCCCUGCUAAGCUACCGGCCGGCCGGGACCCCGCCCGGACCCCGGCCCGGACCCCGGCCCGGCCCGCCGCCGCCCCCCGCCCCCGGCUUCUACCUCUACGACCUGGGCAGCACCCACGGCACCUUCCUCAACAAGACCCGCGUCCCGCCCCGCACCUACUGCCGGGUCCGCGUCGGCCACGUUCUCCGCUUCGGGGGCAGCACCCGACUCUUCGUCCUCCAGGGGCCCGAGGAUGACAGAGAGGAGGAAUCCGAGCUGACGGUUACGGAGAUAAAGGCGCUGCGAAAGCAGCGGCAGAUGAAGUUAGAGAAGAGGAUGUUGGGCGAAGAUUCCGACGAGGACGAGGAGAAAGAUGGCCCGGAAGAGCGGAGGCCCGGCGGCGCCCAGGAUGACGAGACCGGGUGCUCCUGGGGGAUGGGGGAAGAUGCCGUCGAAGAUGAAGCCGAAGAAAACCCUAUUGCCAUAGAGUUUCAGGAGGAACGAGAGGCCUUCUACAUAAAGGAUCCUAAAAAGGCUCUGCAGGGAUUUUUCGACAGAGAAGGAGAAGAACUGGAAUAUGAGUACGAAGAGCAGGCUCACAGCACUUGGCUCUGCAGGGUGAGGUUGCCCGUGGACGACGCGGCAGGGAAGCAACUGGUGGUCGAGGCGAUCCACUCAGGGAAGAAGAAAGAAGCCAUGAUCCAGUGUUCCCUGGAAGCCUGCCGGAUUCUGGACGCCCAGGGGUUACUGCGUCAGGAGGCAGUAUCCCGGAAAAGGAAAGCCAAGAACUGGGAGGAAGAAGACUACUACGACAGCGAUGACGACACGUUCCUCGACCGAACCGGCCUGAUUGAGAAGAAGCGUCUCAACAGGAUGAAAAAGGCCGGGAAGAUCGACGACAAGCCAGAGACCUACGAUUCACUGGUUGUGAAGUUGAACCGUGCCGAGCGAGAGCUUUCCGAGAUUUCCGAGAAGCUGAAAGCCUCGGGCCAAGCCCGGGCCGAGGCGGCCCCUCCGGAUUCCCUGGAUGCGUUUAUGACCGAAAUGAAGUCGGGGACCGCCUUAGACGGGGUGUCCCGGAAGAAACUUCACUUGAGAACCUUUGAGCUGAGAAAAGAAGUGCAGAGGCUCAAAGGGCUGAUCAAGAUGGUGAAGCCAGCAGCGUUGCCGGAGCUGAAAUCCUCGACCCAAGGUCAGGCUACGCAUUUGGAGAAUCCGGCUAAAAAGCUGACAUUCCCUUUGUUCGGGGCAAUGAAAGGAGGAAGCAAAUUCAAAUUAAAAACUGGAACAGUUGGGAAGUUACCUCCCAAGCGUCCAGAACUCCCCCAGAGCUUAUUGAGAAUGAAGGAUGAAGGACCCGAGGAGGAGGAGGAAGAGGAGGAGGAGGAGGAGGAAGAAGAACAAGGGGGACAAGAAGAGGACAAGGAGACGACAAACCAUCAGCCACGUACGAAGGAAAUGGAGUCCAAAGAAGCAAUUCAAGGGACCAGUCGCCAAGCGGAGUCUGGUGGCCAAGGUAGCCCAGAGGCUGGGGGCCAGGAGGAGCCGGAGAAGCGGAAUCAAGCUGGCGAAGUGGCGUCACCACCGGAGGAUCCCUCAGAGUCAAAGAGCGAAUGCAGGAAAAGUGCAGAUACCGCGAAGAAAAAGGCGGCCUGGGGCCCAAGCAAACAGCCCCCGGUCCUCUCUUCACAGUACCCAGAGGAUGAUCCGGACUACUGUGUGUGGAUGCCCCCCGCGGGACAGAGCGGCGACGGCAGGACACAUCUCAAUGACAAAUACGGCUAUUGAGCCGCCAGGCUUCCGGGCCUCGAUGCGGGGAUAAACACCAUUGCUGUCUUGGACUGCGUGUCAGGAUGAGAGGUCAGGUGAAGAGUUCUGUUCAUCACCUGGGGAGCUUCGCAAAAACCUCACCCUGCCGAGCUUAUUCUUCAACCUUAGCCUUCUCCUUCAAAGAUGCUUCUGGGUCCAUGAAGAGAAAGGAGAAUGUAAGAGCAAAAAGAGAACCGAAAACCUUUGGCCUAGGCGAUAGAGGGGUGAGCUCUUGCGGAUUGUUUUGGUGGGUUUUUUUUUAAUACGAUUAAAGCUGAAAGAUUAUACUUAG